AUGGGUCACAGCGUUCCUCCUCUCAACGACCAAUCUCUCCUGAAGUCGCAGGCCUACGUAAAUGGAGAAUGGAUAGACGCGAAAUCGGGCAAGACCUUCGAGGUCACAGACCCGUCCACAGGCAAAGUAAUCGGUACCAUGCCCGAGAUGAACAAAGAAGACACCGAAGCCGCCAUCUCCGCCGCCGCCGCGGCGCUCCCCUCCUUCCGCAAGACAACCGGCCGUGAGCGGUCGCGGAUGCUGCGGAAAUGGUACCAGCUGAUGGUGGACAACGCGGAGGACCUGGCGAAGCUCAUAACGUGGGAAAACGGCAAACCGAUUGCAGACGCCAAGGGCGAGGUCACGUACGCGUCGAACUUCUUCGAGUGGUUUGCGGAGGAGGCGCCGAGGAUCUAUGGUGAUACGGUCGUGGCGAGCAUUCCGGGGAACAGGGUGUACACAAUCAAGGAGCCCGUUGGGGUUUGUGGAUUGAUCACGCCAUGGAACUUCCCCGCCGCAAUGAUAACCCGCAAAAUCGGCCCCGCCCUCGCAGCCGGCUGCACCGUCGUAGCCAAGUCCCCCGGCGAGACCCCCUUCACCGCCGCCGCGCUGGCCGAGCUCGCCCACCGCGCCGGGAUCCCCAAAGGCGUCGUGAACUUCAUCACCGCCCUCAAAAACACCGCCGAAGUGGGCGAGACCAUCACCUCAUCCAACACCGUUCGCAAAGUCUCCUUCACAGGCUCAACCGGCGUCGGCAAGCUCCUGAUGAAGCAAUCCGCGGAUACGCUCAAGAAGCUGAGUUUCGAGCUCGGCGGCAACGCGCCUUUCAUCGUGUUCGACGACGCAGACCUCGACACCGCCGUCACCGGGGCCAUUACCUCGAAGUUCCGCUCCAGCGGCCAGACCUGCGUCUGCGCGAACAGAAUCUACGUCCAGAGUGGCAUCUACGACAAGUUCGCUGAGGCCUUCACCGAGAAGGUCAAGGGAUUCAAGGUUGGAGGCGGGUACGAGGAGGGUGUUACGCACGGCCCGCUCAUCCACGAUCGCGCGGUCAGCAAGGUCGAGAAGCAUGUGAGGGAUGCGGAGGAGCAGGGUGGGAAGGUGUUGAUUGGCGGGCAGAAAAUGCCGGAUUUGGGCGACAACUUCUUCCAGCCGACGGUUAUUAGAGACAUGACGGCUGACAUGCAGCUGGCGCAUGAGGAGACUUUUGGGCCGGUGGCGGGGCUUUUUAAGUUUGAUACGGAGGCUGAGGUGGUCAAGAAUGCGAAUGAUGCGGAUGUGGGGCUCGCGGGAUAUUUCUUUAGCAGGGACUUGCAGAGGUGCUACCGUGUCGCGGAGGCGUUGGAGGUCGGCAUGGUGGGCAUCAAUACCGGCUUGGUUAGCGAUCCGGCCGCGCCAUUCGGUGGUGUGAAGUGGAGUGGUUUCGGCAGGGAGGGCAGCAAGUACGGUAUUGAAGAAUAUCUUACCAUCAAGAUGAUCACGCUUGGUGGCAUGGGGCAGCCGCUGCAGGGCUCGUAG